UUGGGAGAUUAUGAGUCUGAAAUCUAAUCAAAAUGGUAAUUUUUCUAGUCAACAAAAGUAGAUCGGAAAUUUUGUAUCGGCAAAUGGCAUGGUUUAUGGAAUUCAGACGCGUAAGGUGUAAAGUAAAUACGACGGGUGACAAAUAUGGAGGAUAGUUAAUCUACCGUCAAAGUCUUAAUCAGAUGUGCCCUUGAUUUGAUAUUAGAAUGCGAUUUUCUUUCAGUUCAAUGGACAACUUCCCAGCUAAGAAUGAGUAAUUUUCCAAAGUAAACAAAAGUAGUUUGCACAUAGCUGGUCUAUUUAUUUCUCAGUAAAAUCUACCUGUUCGCCACAGAUUGAUAUUUCUUCCAUUGUUCGACAUCUGUAACUAGGUGAAAGAAAUCAUAGCCGAAAGAAAAUGGAUCGUUUUGCAUUCAACUUUUUGAAACGUUUCAUGUUAGCUCUCGCUAUAGUUAUUCCCCAGCAGAGUUGUGAUAUAUUUGUCCAUGGUGGAGACACCCUCUCUUUGGGGGCUUCUCUGAAGGGAAAGCAGACCAUCAUCUCAAAGAAAGGCACUUUCGAACUAGGAUUUUUUACUCUCAACGGAACCAACAACUGGUAUGUUGGGAUCUGGUAUGCCCAAAUCCCUGACAAGACCAUCGUUUGGGUGGCUAACAGGGAGACUCCUGUCAGAGACAUGCCUGGCGUUUUUACGCUCUCUUCAACUGGUUAUCUCACUCUCUCUGACUUGCAAGGAAAAGCCAUUUGGUCGAGUAAUAAUACUCAGCAAACAAAGGCAUCGAGGGCUUCCAUACUCGACGUUGGCAAUUUUGUUCUUUACGGCGCCCAAAAGACUUCUGAGAUUGUGUGGGAGAGUUUUGCAAAUCCCACAGAUACAUUUUUGCCUACCAUGAAGUUGUGGAAGGGCUUGAAAAUAAUCUCCUGGAAGAGUUCGGUGGAUCCAACGCCUGGGCCCUUCUUUGAACAAAUGAAUCCAUCCCCUGGUAAGACUGACGUCUUACUGCAGUAUAAAAAUGGUGUUUCAUAUUAUAGUACGGGAGAAUGGGCCGGUAGCUACUUCGCCACUUUGCCAGGGUCUCCAUCUUAUUCCAUUUUGAAGGAGGAACUCGUAGUGUUCUCUCCCACAAGAAUGUAUUACACAUAUAAGCUUGCACCCGAGGCUGGUACAAUGAUGGUGAGAGUCAACUCGAAAGGCGAGAUAUCAGUGUACUAUUGGGUUAAUAAUAAUAGCUGGAAUGUGAUUUGGUUUCAACCCCAAUUAAGAUGUGGCGUGUAUGGUAUAUGCGGGCCUUAUGGAGUGUGUUUCACCCAAGAAAACAUUCAGUCGUGCAGAUGCGUAGAAGGCUUCCACCCAAAAGACGCUGCUGCCUGGAAUUCUCAUGAGUGGUGGUCAAGCGGUUGUGUUCGGCGUACUCCAUUAAACUGCUCCUCCAUUAAUGGCAGUGGCCGUGGCACCACCGAUGGUUUCCUCCAAGCCAUUGAUAAGUCCUUGUCUGAUGAAGAGCCUUUUCAAAUUAUGUCAAACUCUACUCUACAAGGAUGCAAAACUGCUUGUCUCAACAAUUGCUCCUGCACGGCUUUUUCUUUCGCUGAUUCAAAUUCUCCCGUUUGUAAAAUGUGGUUUGGCGAUCUGUUAAGCAUGCGGGAUAAGGCAAUUUCUUCUGAUGGCCAGUCCUUGUUCACUCGAUUGGCUGCUUCUGAUGCGUCACAGUUGUCAGCCAGCUCAGGGAAAAGCAGCAGCAGAGUAGUUGCAGUUUCCAUUUCAAUUCCUUUGGGUGUUGCCGUUUUGGGUAUUCUGUUUAUUGGUGCAUGCUUUAUUCAGCGCAGGCGACGAAGAUUGCUUGAGAAAGUCGCGAAGGAGGACACACCAACAUUGCUCAGAACAUUCACCUACAAAGAACUCAAAGUUGCAACCAAGAAUUUCUCCCAUAAGUUGGGAAAGGGAGCAUUUGGCUCUGUCUUCAAAGGAACUCUGCCAGACAAUAAACUUGUAGCCGUGAAGAAGUUGGAGACUUCACCAAAAGCAGAAAAGCAGUUCCGUGCUGAAAUAAGCACUAUUGGAAACAUACAUCAUGUGAAUUUGGUGAAGCUCUGUGGAUUCUGUGCAGAGGGAUCUAAAAGAAUGCUUGUUUAUGAGUACAUACAAAAUGGGUCUCUCGACUCUUUCUUGUCCACCAAGUCUAAUGAACCAGACAAGGUGUUGGACUGGAAUACCAGAUUUGGAAUAGCUUUGGGCACUGCAAGAGGGUUACUUUAUCUCCACGAAGAAUGCAGAGAUCGCAUCAUCCAUUGCGAUAUCAAGCCAGAAAAUAUCCUUCUAGAUGCGGAUUUCUCUCCAAAAGUGGCUGAUUUUGGGCUGGCAAAGCUUGUUGGCCGAGAUUUCAGCAGAGUGCUGACGACAACAAGAGGAACAAGAGGGUAUUUGGCUCCCGAGUGGCUCUCGGGCUUGCCAAUAACAGUGAAGGUGGAUGUAUACAGCUUAGGCAUGACCCUAUUCGAAAUAAUCUCAGGCCGACGAAAUAGUAACUUGAGCCUGCAAGAAUCUCAGCGCUUCUUUCCGGCUUGGGCAGCAGCUCAAAUUCAGAAGGGAAACACAAUCGGUAUUGUGGAUGAAAGGGUUGCAGACAAGGCGGAUGUUGAAGAGGUGAGAAGAGCAGCUGUGGUAAGCUUUUUGUACAUUCAAAAGGAUGAGAUUGAGAGGCCAAGCAUGGCUCAAGUUGUUCGGAUAUUGGAAGGAAAAUCAGAAGGUGACAUGGAACAAUAUCAGAGAUCGUUGCAAGCGCUCGUCCAAUAAUUUUGGAGUUUAUCGAAUUGUUAAUGUGUUGAAGAAACCAACUAUUUGGAAACAAGUAUAAUAAUCAGAGAUGCAUUACAUAUGUUUCCGGUUAUAGUUGUUUCAUAUAGGGUUAUAGGGUAAAGUUGUUGAUGAUUGUUGUUAGAUUAAUCAGUUGCAUUUGAACACAAUCAUUGUUGAGAACUGAUGCAUGAGCCUUACCGUCAUGUAAUAUUUUGAUGAUUACAAUGUUGCAGUUUUAAUUUUAGGCUGCUAUAGUUUAGAAUUUAGUUUACAUUUAUUUUUACAACUACGAGCUAUUUGAAUAAUGCAUGAGAUGUAAUCGAUCUAAAUAUAUCUAAGAGGCUGCAACCUCUGAAAAAAAAAAUGUCAAUUGUAAUGCCUCAUAUAUGACU